UCAAAUUGUAACCACCAGCAUCAGAAGCGGUGUGGCUCUGAAAAGAGGAGCCUUUUUUAUUUAAAUUUUUUUUGGAGCGAGGACCGCCAACAGACGAUCUUGCAUUUGUAUUAUCCUGAUUUUGCAAAAGGAAUAAUUUGAUCACAGAGAAGACCGCUUUGAUUUUUUUAGAUAAGACACCACAUACCUCUGUUUGCAUGCUGUUAUUCAGUAAGCAACAUACAUGACCGUGCCAUUGUACACCACCUCCCCUUUUUUAGGCUGGAAAAGCCUUUUUAUGUCUAUAUUUUAAUGACACAUUGUCUGCUGUGCAUUAUUGUCUGCUCAGCUACGUUUGCUAGCGUGUCGGAGGGCGCAAAAAACAACGGCGGACAAUUGUGAGGCUCGGAUGAGGUGUUUGAAUCCAGUCUUACGUGAACAAUUGUGAUAUUUCCAUAGGCAAUGCCAUUUUGCAAUGCAAACAUGUUGACUGUUGGAUUGCUUUACCUGGGAUUAGUUCUUGCAAUAGAGAUAACAGAUCCAAUCAGAGCUAUUGAAGCUCCAAAGACAUGCAGUCCGAAGCAGUUUGUGUGUAAAGAUCAGGUGACCUGCAUCUCCAAAGGUUGGCGCUGUGAUGGAGAGAAAGACUGUCCCGACGGCUCUGAUGAAGCCACAGAUAUCUGCCAUCACACCCAGGUCUCACAGUGCCCUCCCAACGAGUUUGAGUGUCGAGGAACAGAUGUGUGCAUUCACCUGAGCAAGCUGUGCGAUGGCGUCCCGGACUGCACGGAUGGGCGUGACGAGGGACCACAUUGUCGAGAGUAUGCUCAUAACUGCACCAUCAUGGGCUGCCAGUACAACUGUUCAGUGACAAUGUCAGGUCCAAAGUGCUACUGCAGGAGCGGCUAUGAGGUGGGAGAAGAUGGAAAGAGAUGCAAAGACUUUAAUGAGUGUGCAGUGUACGGGACUUGCAGUCAGACAUGCACAAACACAGAUGGCUCCUACACCUGCAGCUGUGUGGAGGGCUACUUGCCUCAACCAGACUACCGUUCAUGCAAGGCCAAGAACGAUCCUGUAGAUCGGCAUCCAUACCUCCUCAUAGCCAACUCUCAAAACAUCCAAGCCACCUCUCUGAGCGGAGCCAAUCCCAUCUCCAUCAACACCAAGCAGACCACCGCUAUGGACUUUAUCUACGCCCAGGAGACCGUGUGCUGGAUCCACAUGGGGGACUCACCUGCUGCCACCCAACUCAAGUGUGCCAGAUUCCCCAAUGCCAAGAGCUUCACGGAGGAGAAGACCAUCAACAUCUCCCUCAGCCUGCACCAUGUGGAGCAGAUGGCUAUUGACUGGCUGACAGGAAACUUCUACUUUGUGGAUGAUGUGGACGACCGCAUUUUUGUGUGCAGUAAAGAUGGCUUGACUUGUGUCAUCCUGCUGGACCUGGAGCUCUAUAACCCUAAAGGAAUCGCACUGGACCCAGUCAUGGGGAAAGUGUUCUUCACAGACUAUGGCCAAAUCCCAAAGGUUGAACGCUGUGAUAUGGAUGGCCAGAACCGCACCAAACUGGUAGACAGUAAAAUCGUCUUUCCUCAUGGCAUCACUCUGGACCUGGUCAGCAAGCUGGUGUACUGGGCUGACGCUUACUUAGAUUACAUUGAAGUGGUGGACUACGAAGGCAAGAACCGGCACACCAUCAUUCAGGGAUUACUGAUUGAACAUCUCUAUGGUCUAACAGUGUUUGAAAACUAUCUGUAUGCCACCAACUCUGACAAUGCCAACAUGCAGCCCAAAACCAGUGUGAUCAGAGUCAACCGAUUCAACAGCUCUGACUUCCAGGUGGUCACACGCGUGGACAAGGGCGGCGCACUUCACGUUUACCACCAGAGACGUCAGCCUGCAGUCCGUAGUCAUGCAUGUGCUCCUGAUCAGUUUGGGAAGCCAGGCAGCUGCUCCGAUAUCUGCCUACUGGGCAACAGUCACAAGAGCCGAACCUGCCGCUGCCGUUCAGGUUUCAGCCUGGGCAGUGACGGAAAGUCCUGCAAGAAACCAGAGCAUGAGCUCUUCCUGGUGUACGGUAAAGGCCGGCCUGGUGUUAUUCGUGGUAUGGACAUGCAUGCCAGGGUGUAUGAUGAGCACAUCAUCCCCAUUGAGAACCUGAAUAACCCAAGAGCACUGGACUUCCACGCUGAGACCGAAUUCAUCUAUUUCGCUGAUGCCACCAGCUACAUCAUCGGCCGCCAGAAGAUUGAUGGCACUGAGAGAGACAUCAUAGUGAAGGAUGGUAUUCACACAGUAGAAGGAAUCGCUGUGGACUGGAUGGGGCAAAACCUGUAUUGGACUGAUGAUGGACCCAAAAAGACGAUCAGUGUGGCCAAACUGGAGAAAGCCUCUCAGACCCGCAAAACUCUUCUUGAGGGCAAAAUGACCCAUCCCAGAGCCAUAGUAGUAGACCCUUCUCAUGGAAUGAUGUACUGGAGUGACUGGGAGGAGGAGCCUAAAGAGACCAAUCGUGGCAGUAUAAAGAAGGCCUGGAUGGACGGUUCAAAUGCUGGUAUCCUGCUUACUUCUAAAACUGUGCUCUGGCCCAAUGGCCUCAGUCUGGACACCCAGCAGGGCAUCUUGUACUGGGUGGAUGCAUACUACGACCGCAUCGAGAUGGUGCUUCUCAACACCACAGAACGGAGGACAGUAUAUGAAGGACAGGAGCUGAACCAUCCCUUUGGCCUGUGCCACUAUAAGAAUUUUCUGUUCUGGAAUGAGUACCGCAGUGGAGCAAUCUACAAACUGGACCAGAACACCAAAAAGGCCACGUUGCUACGCAGUGAACGACCCCCAAUCUAUGAGAUUCGUACCUAUGAUGCACAACAACAGCAAAUCACAGGCUCCAACGUGUGCCGUGCCAACAAUGGUGGCUGUAGCAGUCUGUGUCUGCUGACGCCCACUGGACGCUCCUGUGCCUGUGCCGACGAUCAGAUACUAGAUACUGACAACAAGACCUGUACAGCAAACCCUUCCUACGUACCUCCUCCUCAGUGCCAGCCUGGAGAAUUUGCCUGUAAGAAUAAUCGUUGUAUUCAAGACCGCUGGAAGUGUGACGGGGACAAUGACUGUCUGGACAACAGCGAUGAGGCCCCCGAGUUGUGCCACCAGCACACCUGUCCCGCAGACCGCUUUAAGUGCCAGAAUAACCGCUGUAUCCCCCUGCGCUGGCUUUGUGAUGGAGACAAUGACUGUGGGAAUGAUGAAGACGAAUCUAACAGCACUUGCUUGGCCCGCACGUGUCCUUCUAAUCAGUACCCAUGCGCCAGUGGCCGUUGUAUUCCUUUCUCCUGGACAUGUGACUUAGAUGAUGAUUGUGGAGAUCGCUCAGAUGAACCACCAUCUUGUGCAUAUCCCACCUGUUUCCCACUCACUCAGUUCACCUGUGCCAAUGGACGCUGCAUCAAUGUCAACUGGCGUUGCGAUAAUGGUGAGUUUCUAAUGCUGUCUAUAAAAGUGUGUUUGUUGCAUCCUGACUUAGAAUGUCUAAUAACUGCAAGUCCUCAUUAUCUGUCCUCAGAUAAUGACUGCGGGGAUAACAGUGAUGAAGCCGGCUGCAGUCACUCUUGCUCCAGUGUGCAGUUUAAAUGCAACAGCGGCCGCUGUAUACCAGAGUACUGGACCUGUGAUGGAGACAACGACUGUGGAGAUUACAGUGAUGAGACUCAUGCAAACUGUACCAAUCAGACCACACGGCCUCCCGGCGGUUGCCACAUGGAUGAGUUCCAGUGCCGAAUGGAUGGCUUGUGUAUUCCGAUGCGAUGGCGCUGUGACGGAGACACAGACUGCAUGGACUCGAGUGAUGAGAAGAAUUGCGAGGGUGUCACGCAUAUGUGCGACCCUGCCGUCAAAUUUGCCUGCAAAGACUCGGCUCGCUGUAUCAGUAAGGCCUGGGUGUGUGACCGGGACAGUGAUUGUGAGGAUAACUCCGAUGAAGAAAACUGCGAGGCUCUUGAGUGCAAGCUCUCUCACCAUGUUUGUGCCAGCAACGACUCCAUCUGCCUACCUCCUGAGAAACUGUGUGACGGCAAGGACGACUGCCCCGAUGGCUCGGACGAGAAGCUUUGCAAUCUUUGCACGAUGGAUAAUGGAGGCUGCAGCCACAACUGUACCAUCGCUCCUGGUGAGGGCAUCCUGUGCUCCUGCCCAGCUGGCAUGGAGCUGGGUACCGACAACAAGACCUGCCAGAUUCAGAGCUUCUGCGCCAAGCAUCUCAAGUGCAGCCAGCGCUGCGUGCAGGAGAAGGCCACUGUUAAGUGCGACUGCUAUGAAGGCUGGGCUCUCGGGCCAGACGGCGAGAGCUGCAAGAGCACUGAUCCAUUCAAGCCCUUCAUCAUUUUCUCCAACCGGCACGAGAUCCGUCGGAUUGACUUGUACAAGGGCGAGUUCAGCGUGCUUGUGCCUGGCCUGCGGAACACCAUUGCCCUGGAUUUCCACUUCAACCAGAGUUCCCUCUACUGGACUGAUGUGGUGGAAGACAAGAUCUAUCGGGGAAAGCUGUCAGAAAACGGAGCUCUCACCAGUUUUGAGGUGGUGAUUCAGUAUGGUUUGGCCACUCCGGAGGGUCUAGCUGUGGACUGGAUCGCAGGAAACAUCUACUGGGUGGAAAGUAACCUGGAUCAGAUUGAGGUGGCCAAGCUGGAUGGUACCAUGCGUACAACGCUACUGGCUGGAGAGGUGGAGCAUCCCCGCGCCAUUGCGCUUGACCCAAGAGAUGGUAUUCUGUUCUGGACAGACUGGGAUGCCAGCUCCCCCAGGAUAGAGGCUGCAUCUAUGAGUGGGGAGGGCCGUCGCACCAUCCACAAAGAGACUGGGAAUGGUGGCUGGCCCAACGGUCUCACUGUGGACUACCUAGAGCGCCGUAUCCUGUGGAUUGAUGCCAGAUCCGAUGCCAUCUACUCUGCGGCUUACGACGGUUCCGGUCUGAUCGAGGUGCUUCGGGGGCAUGAACACCUAUCGCAUCCCUUUGCCGUCACCAUGUAUGGAGGAGAGGUCUACUGGACGGACUGGCGGACCAACACUCUGGCUAAAGCCAAUAAAUGGACUGGACACAAUGUGACGGUGGUCCAGAGAACAAACACUCAGCCGUUUGAUCUUCAAGUGUUUCAUCCUUCUAGACAACCUCAGGCUCCCAACCCGUGUGCAGGGAAUGACGGGAAUGGGCCGUGCUCUCACCUGUGCCUCAUCAACUACAACCAGACCUUCUCCUGUGCCUGUCCACACCUCAUGAAACUCAAGCCAGACAAGCACACCUGCUACGAGUACCGUCAGUUCCUGCUGUACGCUCGUCAGAUUGAAAUCAGAGGGGUGGACAUUGAUAAUCCCUAUUACAACUACAUCAUCUCUUUCACUGUGCCUGACAUUGACAAUGUUACAGUGGUGGAUUAUGAUGCUCUGGAGCACCGUAUCUACUGGUCUGAUGUUCGCACUCAGACAAUCAAAAGAGCCUUCAUCAAUGGGACCGGUGUGGAGACUGUGUUAUCAGCUGACCUCCCUAAUGCUCAGGGUCUAGCUGUAGACUGGGUCUCCAGAAACCUCUUCUGGACCAGCUAUGAUACGAAUAAGAAGCAGAUCAAUGUUGCACGGCUAGACGGGUCUUUCAAGAAUGCUGUAAUCCAUGGACUGGACAAGCCUCACAGUUUGGUGCUGCAUCCUAUCCUGGGAAAGCUCUACUGGCUUGAUGGGGACAACAUCACUAUGGCCAACAUGGACGGCACCAACCACACAUUACUGUUCACCAAUCAGAAAGGCCCAGUGGGCCUGUCCAUAGACUAUUACACAGAGCAGUUGUACUGGAUCAGUUCAGGGAACAGCACCAUUAAUCACUGUAAGCUGGAUGGUUCUGGACUGGAGAUCAUUGAGGGUGUGAAAGGAAAGCUCACCAAAGCUACAGCCCUCGCCAUCAUGGGAGACAAGUUGUGGUGGGCCGAUCAGGGCACAGAUCAGAUUGGUACAUGUGACAAGAGCAAUGGAGGCAACUGGAAGGUUCUCCGAAAUAACACGUCACCCAUGAUGCAUAUGAAGAUCUACAAUGAGACUGUGCAUCAACUAGGUACCAACCUCUGCAGUAAGAACAAUGGUGACUGCUCUCAGCUUUGCUUGCCAACUUCACCAACUACAAGAGCCUGCAUGUGUACGGCUGGAUAUAGUCUAAAGACUGGCCAACAGUCCUGUGAAGGCAUGGGCUCGUUUUUGCUCUACUCUGUGCAUGAGGGCAUCCGUGGCAUUCCUCUGGACCCAUCAGAUAAAUCUGAUGCCCUGGUACCUGUGUCAGGCACCUCUCUUGCUGUGGGCAUUGACUUUCAUGCUGAGAAUGACACCAUCUACUGGGUUGACAUGGGCCUUAGCACUAUUAGCCGAGCCAAGAGAGACCAGACCUGGAGGGAGGACAUAGUGACCAAUGGCAUUGGACGUGUGGAAGGCAUUACUGUGGACUGGAUUGCAGGCAACAUCUAUUGGACUGAUCAAGGCUUUGAUGUGAUUGAGGUGGCCAGACUCAACGGCUCCUUCCGUUAUGUGGUCAUCUCUCACGGUCUGGACAAACCACGUGCCAUUGCUGUACAUCCGGAGAAAGGGUAUCUGUUCUGGACGGAGUGGGGUCAGUAUCCACGUAUUGAAAGAUCUCGUCUGGACGGUUCUGAGAGAGCAGUUCUUGUCAAUGUCAGCAUCAGCUGGCCAAAUGGCAUCUCCAUCGAUUACCAGGAGAGCCUGCUAUAUUGGUGCGAUGCCCGUACAGACAAAAUUGAACGCAUAAAUCUGGAGACUGGAGAAAACCGUGAGCUGGUGCUGUCUAGUAACAACAUGGACAUGUUUGCUGUUUCUGUAUUUGAUGACUACAUCUACUGGAGUGACAGGACACAUGCCAAUGGCUCCAUCAAGAGAGGAAACAAAGACAAUGCCACAGAUAUGGUGUAUCUGAGAACUGGCAUUGGUGUACAGCUUAAAGACAUUAAAGUCUUCAACCGUGCAAGACAGCAAGGUACCAACAUCUGUAAAGUGAACAAUGGUGGUUGUGAACAGCUGUGUCUGUACAGUGGUAAUGGCAAUCGUACCUGUGCUUGCGCACAUGGUAUGCUGGCAGAGGACGGCCAAAGCUGCAGGGAUUAUGAUGGCUACCUCCUCUACUCGGAGCGCACGAUACUAAAGAGCAUUCACCUCUCGGAUGAAACAAACCUCAAUGCUCCCAUUAAACCUUUCGAAGACCCAGAUCACAUGAAGAACGUUAUUGCCCUUACCUUUGACUACAGGGGUGGCGGUGGAAAGGGAGCCAACCGGAUCUUUUACAGCGACAUUCACUUUGGUAACAUACAGCAGAUCAGCGAUGAUGGCUCUGACCGCAAGACCAUAGUAGAGAAUGUAGGGUCAAUUGAAGGUUUGGCUUAUCACCGGGGUUGGGACACACUUUACUGGACCAGCUACACCACCUCCACCAUCACUCGGCACACUGUGAACCAGAGUCGCACUGCAGCUUUCGACAGAGAUACUGUGGUCACUAUGUCUGGGGACGACCACCCCAGAGCCUUUGUUCUGGAUGAAUGCCAAGACUUGAUGUUCUGGACUAACUGGAAUGAACAGGCUCCUAGUAUCAUGCGAGCGUCUCUUUCUGGAGCAAACGUCCUGGUGAUCAUUGGCAAUAAUAUCCGCACCCCGAACGGACUGGCCAUCGACCACCGUGCUGAGAAGAUCUAUUUCUCCGACGCCACAUUUGACAAGAUUGAGCGCUGCGAGUAUGAUGGCAGCCGACGCUUUGUGGUCAUGAAGAACGAGCCAGUGCAUCCUUUCGGUUUGGCUGUGUACGGUGACUAUAUCUUCUGGACAGACUGGGUGCGCAGAGCAGUGCUCAGAGCUAAUAAAUACGGCGCAGAUAUUAAAGUCCUACGUGCUGACAUUCCUCAACAGCCAAUGGGCAUCAUUGCUGUGGCCAAAGACACCAAUAGCUGUGAGUUUUUUCCAUGUCUCACAAAUAACGGAGGCUGUCAGGACCUGUGUCUGCUCACAUCAGAAGGACGAGUCAACUGCAGCUGCCGUGGAGAACGCAAACUCCUGGGAGACAACACCUGUGUCGCGGAGAACACAACCUGUAACAGCGUGGAUGAGUUUGAAUGUGGAAACGGCGACUGUAUCGAUUACAGUCUGACUUGUGACAGUCUUGGCCACUGCAAGGACAAGUCUGAUGAGAAGCAUUCCUACUGCGCGAACCGUAUGUGUAAGAAGGGUUACCGGCGCUGCAUUAACGGACGCUGUAUCAAACACAGCUCCUGGUGUGACGGCACUGAUGACUGUGGAGACGGUUCAGAUGAGCUGCCGUGCAACAUGACUCUGUGCAGCGCUGCUGAGUUCCAGUGCAAAGACGGUUCCUGCAUCAGUAACUCUAGUCGCUGUAAUCAGGUGGUGGACUGUGAGGACGCCAGUGAUGAGAUCAACUGCAGCCCCACUGACUGCUCCAGCUAUUAUCUGCUUGGAGUGAAAGGUGUGACCUUCGCGAGGUGUGAGUUCACUACUCUCUGUUACGCCCCCUCCUGGCGCUGUGAUGGCUCCAAUGACUGCGGAGACUUCUCAGAUGAAAGAAAUUGUCCAGAGAAAACGAAGCAUAAUUGUCCGGUGAACUUCUUUGCGUGUCCGAGCGGCCGCUGUAUUCCCAUGAGCUGGACCUGUGACAAAGAGAACGACUGUGAGAAUGGAGCGGAUGAGUCUCACUGUGAUAAGGUCUGUGCAUCAAAUCAGUUCGAGUGUGGGAACCAUCGCUGUAUCUCCAAAUCCUGGGUGUGUGACGGCGCUGAUGACUGUGGAGAUGGUACUGAUGAGGACAGCAAAUGCAAGACAAAGACUUGCAGUCCAGAGGCCUUCCAGUGUCCUGGCUCUUACAUGUGUAUUUCUCAGCGCUGGAAGUGUGACGGAGAUAAGGACUGUCCUGAUGGAGCAGAUGAGGGCAUUAAGGCUGGUUGUGUGUUCAAUAAGACCUGCGAUGACUCUGAGUUUCAAUGUCAGAAUUAUCAGUGUAUUCCCAAAAACUUCAUGUGUGAUCAUGACAUUGACUGCCGCGAUGGCUCUGAUGAAUCGCCAGAGUGUGAAUAUCCCACGUGUGGGCCGAAGGAUUUCCGCUGUGCUAAUGGCCAGUGCCUGAAACAGAAGAACUGGGAGUGUGAUGGAGAGUUUGACUGUAGAGACCAAUCAGAUGAAGCUCCCAAAAACCCACUUUGUACAGACUCAGAGAGGCGCUGUAAUGACACUGCCUUCCUGUGCACCAAUGGCAAGUGUGUGAACGAGACAUUGUUGUGUGAUGGUAAGAAUGACUGUGGAGAUGGCUCUGAUGAGCAUAACUGCUUCAUCAAUGAAUGCCUCAACAGUAAGCUGAGUGGCUGCUCACAGCUCUGUGAAGAUCUCAAGAUCGGCUUCAAGUGCCGGUGUCAUCCAGGUUUCCGUCUGAAGCAAGAUGGAAAGACCUGUGUAGAUGUGGACGAGUGCAUCACCACGUACCCCUGCGCUCAGCGUUGUAUCAACACUCAUGGAAGCUUCCACUGCCUCUGCGUCGAUGGCUUUGUGCCACGUCCCGACGACCCCACCAGCUGCAAAUCCACAUCUGACGAGGAACCUUUCCUCAUUUUUGCUAACCGCUACUAUCUGCGAAAACUCUACUUGGAUGGAUCUAACUACACUUUGAUUAAGCAGGGGCUCAAUAACGCAGUGGCUCUGGACUAUCAUUACGCGGAGCAGAUGAUCUACUGGACUGACGUGACUACACAAGGCAGCAUGAUCCGCCGCAUGAACAUCAACGGCAGUAACGUGCAGGUGCUGCACAGAACCUCUCUGAGUAACCCUGAUGGACUGGCUGUGGACUGGGUUGGGGGAAACUUGUACUGGUGUGAUAAGGGCAGAGACACAAUUGAGGUGUCCAAGCUGAAUGGAGCUUACAGAAGUGUGCUGGUCAACAGCGGCUUGCGAGAGCCCAGAGCCGUGGCUCUGGAUGUGAGGAAUGGGUAUCUUUAUUGGUCAGACUGGGGUGACGUGCCACAUAUUGGCCGCAUCGGCAUGGAUGGCACAGAUCGCCACAUCAUCAUUCAAGAUAAGAUCACAUGGCCUAACGGCUUGACGCUAGAUUUUAUUAAUGACCGCAUUUACUGGGCAGACGCUCGUGAAGACUACAUUGCUUUUGCCAGCCUGGAUGGAUCCAACAGACACAUUGUGCUGACUCAUGACAUCCCUCACAUCUUUGCCAUGACUCUGUUUGAGGAGUACAUCUACUGGACCGACUGGGAGACCAAGUCCAUUAACAGAGCUCACAAAACCCUGGGCACCAACAAGACCAUGUUGAUUAGCACCCUGCACAGACCCAUGGACAUACACAUCUAUCAUCCUUCCAGACAGCCUGAGGUGUCAGGUCACCCGUGUCAGGAGGAGAAUGGUGGCUGCAGUAACCUGUGUUUGCUCUCACCUGGAGGAGGCUACAAGUGCGCCUGUCCCACCAACUUCUAUCUGGCUGCUGAUGGAAAACAGUGCCUGUCUAACUGUACUGCCAGCCAGUUUGUCUGCAAGAAUGAUAAGUGCAUUCCCUUCUGGUGGAAGUGUGAUACUGAGGAUGACUGUGGAGAUCGCUCAGAUGAACCUGCCGAUUGCCCUGAGUUUAAAUGCAGGCCAGGCCAGUUCCAGUGCGGCACAGGUCUCUGCACCAACCCGGCUUACAUCUGUGAUGGAGAUAAUGACUGCCAGGACAACUCCGAUGAAGCCAACUGUGACAUCCAUGUUUGCCUGCCCAGUCAGUUUAAGUGCUCACAUCCUAGUCGCUGUAUUCCUGGAAUCUUGCGUUGUAAUGGUCAGAACAACUGUGGCCAGGGAGAAGAUGAGAAGGACUGUCCUGAGGUGACCUGUGCUCCUAACCAGUUCCAGUGUGCCAUCACCAAACGCUGCAUACCUCGAGUCUGGGUGUGUGAUCGAGACUAUGACUGUGUGGAUGAAUCUGACGAACCGGCCAACUGCACUCAGAUGAAAUGCGGUGUGGACGAGUUCCGCUGUAAGGACUCAGGCCGCUGUAUCCCGUCCCGUUGGACAUGUGAUGGAGAGGACGAUUGUGGAGACGGCUCAGAUGAGCCCAAAGAGGAAUGCGAUGAGAGAACAUGUGAGCCGUACCAGUUCCGCUGUAAGAACAAUCGCUGCGUGCCGGGCCGCUGGCAGUGUGACUAUGACAAUGACUGUGGCGAUAACUCCGAUGAGGAGAAGUGCGUGCCACGUCAGUGCUCUGAAAGUGAGUUUGCCUGCACUAAUGGCCGUUGUAUUGCUGGGAGGUGGAAGUGUGAUGGAGAUAAUGACUGUUCAGAUGGAUCUGAUGAGCAUGGCUGUGAGCUGAAGUGUGAGGAGGAUCAAUUCCAGUGUAAAAACGGCCACUGUAUCCCACUUCGCUGGCACUGUGAUGCUGAUGCUGACUGCAUUGAUGGCAGUGAUGAAGAGAGUUGUGACAGUUCUGUGGCGCGGCACUGCCCCCAUGAUGAGUUCCAGUGUAAUAACACUCUGUGUAAGCCACUGUCCUGGAAGUGUGAUGGGGAGGAUGACUGUGGAGAUAACUCUGAUGAAAACCCUGAGGAAUGCAGAAACUUCCAGUGCCCACCCACUAGAAAUUUCCGUUGUUGGAAUAAUCGCGUGUGUCUCUGGAGUGGAAAGCGCUGUGAUGGUGUGGACAACUGCGGAGACAAUUCAGAUGAAACCAACUGUGGAAACCACACAUCCACAUGCGAUAAAGACCAGUUCAAGUGCAGCAAUGGCAAAUGCAUCACUGCCAACCUGAGGUGCAACUUCUUUAAUGACUGUGAAGAUUACGGGUCAGAUGAGAUUGGCUGCAAGACAGACACCAUGCUGAACGACUGUAAGAGUAACAAAUCUAUGUGUGGAGAUGGCGAUGAGGCUCACUGCAUUUCCAACGGCACAGACACGUUCUGUUCCUGCAAACAGGGUUUCCAGAACGUUGGACACAACACCUGUGAAGAUAAGAAUGAGUGCAAGCAGUUCGGCAUAUGCUCUCACAUAUGUAACAACACCAAGGGCUCCUACAAGUGCAGCUGCCACAAAUACUUCACCAGGAUUAACAACACAUGCAAGGCUGACAAUCAGAACAUUAGUAAACAGGUCCUCUACAUUGCGGAUGAUAAUGAGAUCCGCAGUCUAAAUCUUGAUAUGCGCAAAUGGGUUUAUGAGCAGACAUUCCAGGGCGACGCUAACGUGCGCAUUGAUGCCAUGGACUUACACGUCAAAACCAACCGCAUUUUCUGGACCAAUUGGCACACGUCUGGCAUUUCCUGUUUCCAGCUACCCUCUCCAUCCUCACCAUCAGGUCCUAUGUCCAACUCUCACCGCAACACGAGGCAAAGUGAGGGCAGCAUCACCAACCUCGAUAUUCCAGGUUUGAAGAUGCCACGUGGAAUCGCAGUAGACUGGGUGGCUGGUAAUCUCUAUUGGACCGAUUCGGGACGUGAUGUGAUCGAGGUUGCUCAGAUAUCAGGCCAGCACAGGAAGACACUGAUUUCUGGCAUGAUUGAUGAGCCUUAUGCCAUUGUAGUGGAUCCUCAGAGAGGAACCAUGUACUGGACUGACUGGGGGAAUCAUCCAAAGAUCGAGACGGCAGCCAUGGAUGGGACUCUCAGACAAACCCUGGUCCAUGAGAACAUCCAGUGGCCUACAGGUCUUGCAGUGGACUACUUCAAUGAGCGUCUGUACUGGGCAGAUGUCAAGCUCUCUAUGAUCGGCAGUGUGCGUCUAGAUGGCUCUGACCCUGUUGUGGCUGUAUCCAACAUCAAAAACAAUCUCCUCCACCCCUUCAGCAUUGAUAUCUUUGAGGAUUACAUUUAUGGAGUUACCUACACCAAUAACUUUGUCUUCCGGGUUAAUAAGUUUGGCAAAGGUCAGGCAGAGAAUCUGACCACUGGCAUCAACCACGCCACUGACAUAGUCCUAUAUCACCGCUACAAACAGCCUGAGAUGACUAACCCAUGUGAUAGGAAGAAGUGUGAAUGGUUGUGUUUACUCAGUCCCAGUGGGCCUGUGUGCACAUGCCCUAACAACCACAUCCCCUACAACGGUACCUGUACAGAGGUGCCACCAGCAACCCAGUCCCCAUUAACUCCUACAUGUAAUGUUCAGUGCCAGAAUGGCGGCAGCUGUUUCGUCAAUGCAUGGAACCAGCAAAAAUGUCGCUGUCCCACCAGUUACAGUGGAGAACGCUGUGAAAUCAACCAGUGCAGAGACUACUGUCAGAACGGAGGAACCUGUUCCCCAUCACGCACAGGUGCUCCUACCUGCCGCUGUCAGACUGGUUUCACUGGCCCCAAAUGUAACCUGCACGUUUGCAACAACUACUGCCAGAAUGGGGGCAACUGCACUGUCAGCCAGGGCAACCAGCCAACCUGCCGUUGUCCAAAGGGCUUUCUGGGUGACCAGUGCCAGUACAGUCACUGUGAGGACUUCUGUAAGAAUGGAGGUACUUGUAUGGAGAUGAUAAAUGGCACUAAGCAGUGUCAGUGUUCUGACUUGUACUUUGGUCCUCAAUGUGAGCUGAGCAAGUGUGAAUACUGUGGCACGGGCAAGUGUGAAGUGCUACGCGGCGGAAUAAUAUGCACAUGCGCUGAUAAAAUCCAGCGGCCCACCUGUUACACCUGUGAUGACUUCUGCAUUGAGGGCCAGUGCUUUGUAGACCCUCAUUCUAAGCUGCCACAGUGCAGGUGUCACACGGGCUGGUCAGGUUUCCGCUGUGAGCUCAAUAUCGCCCCUGUUAAAAACUCAGACUCUGGAAAUACUUCAUCUGUGGUCAUCCCAGUGAUGUUACUGCUCUUACUUGCACUGUUAGUAGUUGGUGCCAUCUUGUGGUACAAGAAGAGAAUGCGUGGGUCUGUGAGGCAGGGCAAGCCCAGCUCCAGAUGUUCGCGAGCCAAGGGAUUCCAACACCAGAGAAUGACCAACGGAGCCAUGAAUGUUGAGAUUGGGAACCCAGCGUACAAGAUUUACGAAGGAGAGCCUGACGAUGAUGCAGGGGAGCUGCUGGACUCUGACUUCACUUUGGAUCCAGAUAAGCCCACAAACUUCACCAACCCUGUGUAUGCCACCCUCUACAUGGGCGCCCAUAACAGCCGUAACUCUCUGGCCAGCACAGACGAGAAGAAAGAGCUGCUGUCUGCAGCAGACGACGAUAUGGGAGACCCACUGGCGUAGAGUCACGGCCGGACACCCACCCUCACGCAGACCGCUAUGCCUUUACACAUCAGAGGAAAAGCAACAAGAGCAGGAACACUUGUACAAAAUGUAAAAAAAAAAAAAAAAAAAGAGCAAAGGAUAAAAAUGAAGGACACUUUUAUGUGAUCGCAGUAUUAUAUUUUAUUCUUUGAGAUAUUCUUCUGGUCAACAAAAGAAAGCAUUUUCUAUACAUUUUUUUUUCUUUCCUUUCCCUUCCCUUUUUUUCAUUUUUCUCAGAGGUUUAUAUAUCUAAUUUCUCACCUUUCCCCUCCAUUUAUCCACUACCUCUGUGCUCCUCAAGAUGCAAACAAUAUGGGAAAUCUUUGUUUUUUUUGGUUUGGUUUUAAGUUUAUUUUUGUAUGAAUAGCAUAGAGAUCAAUGUUUAUUUUAGGAAAAGCAAAAUUUACCAAGUGUUGCUAAUGAAAUAUAUGGGAGCGGGGCACGGCCAACUGAAUGAUACUGAUGCUGACUUGGCCCAUGUGUGAUUUCAGAAGGCUAAGAUCAAAUAUAUGUGCGUGAGUGUUGCGAGAUGUAGACGAGUCAGCAUCGCUUUUAUUUCUAUACUGUUAUCUCAGAGAACAACGCUUUUGAUGAUUGUCAUACUCCUUGCACAGAUUAAUUAUAUGUAAAGAUCUAUAAAAAUCAGUGUCUUGACAAAUAUACCCAGGAAUACAAGCAGACUCCCGUACGAAUAGCAGUAUAUAACUGUCUUUGUUUUAGCUUUAGGUUUUUUAAUGGAUGAAAAGAUGCAAUGUGUGGCACUAUGUAGAUUGAAUGAACGAGUGAGUGAAUCCAAUCAGAUGGCAACUGUAAGGACAUUCCAGAACUCUUUCCAGGGUAUCAGUGGCCUUGGUGUGUAUGCAAGCGGUACGUCCAAAGGAUGCGGGCCUCAUCUGAUACCAUGUCUUCCAGUAUGCCAGAAACAGCCUGGAGAAACAUGCAGAUGAUUGUCGUCUGCUCUCGGGCGGUGUGGCUUCAACAGAACUGUUUCAUACCACUUCAGUGGGAGCUGUAUGUCACUUUUAGUUCACUAGUUCUGUGUCUUAUGGACUUUGUGCUCAAGUGUAAUUGCAUUCCUAUGAGGUUUGUGUGGAUCCAGUAAUAACUCACUGCCUUGCUGCUACUCUUCCCAUCAUUCACAUCUGCCUGACCUGUAGAGACUCGGCCAGCCCUGCUUGCCGCCAAGGGUCCACUUCUUCUAAUGGAGGUAACCUGUGCGCCAUAGGCUAAUGCUUGGAUCCAACAGCGCAAAAAGACUAGCGUCAGCUCAACAGAUACAUGUUAACAGUAUUCAUCCGAGUAUCUGGACUUUCUAACGUAAAGUGUCUGCUUUGUUUACUAUCAAAUGUAAUUUAGUGCAGCCCUCUGUGGCCUUUUACUGUCACAGAUGAUUAGUGUCACAACCCUGCAACCGUUUCUGUAGUUCUGUUGGUUAAAUUUUUUUUUUUUUUUAUAUACAAAAUAAUUAAACUGCUUUUUAUAGUAGAAAUGCA